CCUUUGUCACAAUUAUUUCGAUAAUGUAAGGAUUCUAUUGAUUAACGGAUGAAUUUAUUAUUUCAAGUUUACCAAUAAAUCGAAUACCACGUGCCAAUUUUCUUGGACCUAGUUAAUUUAUUGUUAGGUACAGUGUUAAGUAGAUAUAGUAGUAUUUACAGUUUGUGAAGAUACACAAAUUAUCUUGCCACACAAUGUAUCACAGAGGAAAAGAAAAAGAAACCGGUAACAAGGAAACAGAUGUUCCCAAUCAGAAACCAAAACAAAAUGUAAAUCAUAAACCAAAAUUACCGGAGAAGAUAUUUGAAGUAAGAAAAUCAAUUUUAACUGAGCUCUAUGAAGACAAUAUUCACACAAGAGCUAUUAUUAACUUUAUUAUUGGAUUUUCUGUAUUUAAUAUGGUUACUCUGAUAUUAAAGGACUAUGUUUAUUAUGGCAGGUUGUCGUCAGCUUUUAUUUUAAUUUUUAAUCAAUUUGCCAAACUACCUGUUACUUUUUUAAUUUGGAUAUUACUUAAUUUACUAAUAUUUGCCUGCUAUUACGUAUACUUAUUGUGGGGUAAACUUAGAAGGAAAGUUCCAAAUACAUGGUUUUGGGAUAGAAUAUGGCUCGUAGUUUUUAUUGGAUAUAUUAUUAUAAUGUUUUAUGCCACAACGAUUUUAGUUAUACAUUUAGAACUGCAGUUUGCCACAAGAUUGCUAAUUUUAUCCGAAUCGACUAGAUUACUAAUGAAAUUAUACUCAUUUGUUAGAAGUAAUGUGCCCAGAGUAACCAACACCCGUUCAUCGAAUGAUUAUGUACACAUUCCCACAUUUGGAAAGUAUUUAUAUUUUUUAUACGCACCUACCCUUAUCUACAGAGAUGAAUAUCCUAGGACUGGCCACAUUCGUUGGAGUUUUGUAUUCUACAGGCUACUGGAAGUGUUUGGAAUUAUUGUAGCUCUGGCCUUUUUGGCAGAAAAUAUUGCAAAUAUGAUUUUUAUGGACACGUGUAAACAACCAAUUACGGUUCCUCAAUUUUUGGUACUCAUUCUGCAGGGAAGUUUAAUUUCCACCGUAAUGUCAUUAUUACUAUGGUGGUUAGUUUUACAUUCUGUUCAAAACGCUGUUGGAGAGAUGCUCACAUUUGGAGAUAGAUUGUUUCAUUCAGAUUGGUGGAAUUGCAUUGAAAUGCCAGAGUAUUAUAGAAAAUGGAAUAUUGUUGUUGGAGACUGGCUGUACACUUACGUCCAUAAAGAUAUUAUAGAAUACUUUAAUCCAAGAAUGAAAUUGAUACCAAAAGUUGCGACAAUUAUGUUAUCAGCAUUGAUGCAUGAGUAUAUAAUCACGGGGUCUACAGGUUUCUUCUGUCCUAUCGUUACAGCCAUGAUGUUAGUUUCUAUUUGCGUUUCUAAUAUUAAAGUGACAAAUAAAGGUUUUAACAGACUCUUAAUUAUAAUACUGUAUCCUUUGGGACCUGGCACAAUCGGCACUUUUGGAUUCGUAGAGUAUUAUUCCAGGCAAAAUAUUCCCGAUACUGAUACUCUUUCUGUAUUUUGGUCUAAUAACUGUGUAACUUUUAAAUAAAUGUUUUCGUUGUCUACUACAGAUGUUACUAAAAAUUUCAAUUGUACUCUCAUAAAAUAAAACAAUCUCAUUUUGUACCGAAAAACUUGUUUUUAACAUUUUAUUUGUAAAAAUAUACGUUAUCAAAAUA